GGAUGUGUAUUUUAAAGUAAAAUCUCAGCCCAAGCGCGUUCAACUGAUCACUUGCUUGCACGCAUGCAAACUUGUUAUUUCUUUGGCUAAUUCUUCUAGGUUGAAGAUACAUCAGUGGUGAGCUGUGCCUUCUGGAUAUGUUGCUACAUCCAUGACAAAUUGCUCUUAGUCUGAGCUCUUACAGUUGAAACACCCUUCCCCACGCUGCAAAUAGCAAUUGGGCUAUUCCCACUAGCCAACCACAGGAACGCAGAGGAACAAGGUUAAUGCGCUUACUCAACGUGCCUGGUGGAAAUAUUUUAAGACUACCUUCUCUGUGUAACUAUCUUGACUGUUACCAGCUCCUUCAGUUAGAGUCCGCAUCAGCGUGAACGCAAUUUCCAUGCAUUGUUUCAGUCUGGAAAUGAAACAAUUUUCAUUAAUGGAAACCUGGUUCUCAAGCAGAACAAUUAGACCCACUUCAGGUUGAAAAAAGAUAAAAGCAUGCUAAUUUGGAUGGAGGACUCUUCUUUCAAGGCAGCCAAUUGAGUCAUCAGCCUGCCACCCACCUGACCGUCUGACAGCUACCUGAAGUUUCUGGCAGUAAAGUCGUCAUGGCAGACGUGGGCUGCAAAAAGCCCAGCGACUGCACCGUCUCCAGGCUACUCAGCGUAGUGGAGAGCGAACUCCGGGCUGGAAGAGACAAAGGCGACCCCACUGAGAAACAGCUCCAGGUUGUCUUAGAGGAUGCGACGCUGUGGCAGAGAUUCAGGGAAGUCACUAAUGAGAUGAUCGUGACCAAGAACGGCAGGCGGAUGUUCCCUGUUUUGAAGAUCAGCGUGUCAGGCUUGGACCCAAAUGCCAUGUAUUCCUUCCUGUUGGACUUCGCCCCGACUGAUGGCCACCGCUGGAAGUACGUCAAUGGAGAAUGGGUGCCGGCUGGGAAACCAGAGCCACCAAACCACAGCUGCGUUUACAUCCACCCAGACUCUCCCAACUUUGGGGCCCAUUGGAUGAAAGCUGCCAUUUCCUUCAGCAAAGUCAAACUUACCAACAAGCUCAAUGGGAGUGGGCAGAUAAUGUUAAACUCCCUGCAUAAAUAUGAGCCCCAGGUACACAUAGUUCGCGUAGGAGGCCCCCACCGGAUGGUGAUGAACUGCUCCUUCCCUGAGACGCAAUUCAUAGCUGUGACUGCUUAUCAAAAUGAAGAGAUAACAGCUCUCAAAAUCAAGUAUAAUCCCUUUGCCAAAGCCUUCCUGGAUGCGAAAGAAAGAAACAGUCCCAAGGAUGCUCCAGAAACAGUCUCUGAAGGACAACAUAUGACAUAUUCUCACUUGGGUGGCUGGUUGAUUUCCAACCCGGAUACAAUGUGUGCAUCAGGAAGCUCCAAUUAUCAGUACACUGGACCUUUGCCUCUGCCAGCUCCACGCACUCCUCACAGCUGCGAGCGAUAUUCAGCACUGCGAGGGCAUCGGGCUGCUCCGUACCCACCUUCCUACAUGCAGAGAAAUCAUUCACCUACAGUUAAUUUGUUGGAGAGCUCCAGCAAUAAUCUUCAGGUAUUCUCAGGACAUGACAGCUGGACUUUGCCAUCUUCUCCACAUGCUAAUUUGCUCUCAGUGCCACACACGAAGGGAGCUGCCAGCCCCGGACCCAGCCACUACCCUUGCUUGUGGACAGUGAGCAACAGUGCUGUAAAUGUUUCCAACCCAGGAAGCGAGGUGAACAGCAGCCCUUCGAGCAUGUUUCUAAGGGGUAAUGUUCCCUUACCUGCUGCAUCCUCAGUCCAAAUCCCUCUGCAGGGAACGGUGUCUGGCAGCAUGGAAACACAAGGGGAAACCGCUCUAGCCAGGCUAGCUGACUCUGCGUGGACAUCCUCACACUCCUUUUAAUGGACAGGCAGCUCAGGAGGGGAGCUCAGCCAAACAAGACUGACACAAAUGGCAAACGACCCCCUAGAAUUGCAGCUCAGAGCAGGGAUGUGUAUGCAGAAAACGGACUUCAUCAAGCCUCACUUUCCAUAAUGUACCUCUUGUGUGCCAGAGAAGCCAAAAUGCAUAAUGCAAAGGCAGCAAAUGUUAUGGGAACCAGCUUAUUACUGUAACCUUUAUGCAUCAUUCAGGAUGAUGUCCAGAAAGAAUCUUUGUAGUUAGUUUUGCUUCUGUAUCACAUAAAAAAAUCGUCAGAGACAUGGGACUGAGUGAAGCAGACGUGGCAGCUGGGUAUUUGCAUGUCAUUUUAAAAGUCCUUUCUGUAACUAACAGCCAAGUCCAGGGGAAAUUGUGAGCAAAUUUGCAAUUAGAAAUUUGAAGGGACAGCACUGCUUUAAAGACUUGCUGAAUCUGUCACAUAAAGGUUUUCACAAUACCUGAAACUAAACCCUUCAGGGGAUGAAAUUAGUCUGACAUCCUAACGCCACCUGCAUACAGUAUUCUCUGUCCCCUUCCCAGCUCCUGUUUGCUGUUUGUGUGCUGUAGGGAUAAUGGACACGGGCUGAGAAAGUGGCUGCAUUGUAGCAGCAGUGUGAAGGGCCUCUGGUUUAGCAUUUAUAGUCUGAUGUGAUGGUCUUUGAAAUGAAAAGUUCCAAUGUUUUCUGUAUGUGUUAUUUUUGAAAGGGUGGAGGGAAAAGAAUUAUAGAAAAGAUUCAGCUUGCA